CUGGGGUUGUUUCUUCUGGGCACUUGAUAAUUACCUAAUUAUUUACUUCAUCUAUAACUAGCUACUGUGAUACAAGAAAGGAAAGGCAGAGGACAGUUAACAUGUUUACCUAGUGUAAGAUAUUGUUGAAUUCCUUUUCGCAGCCAAAAGCUGAGAGAGCCGGCUAUCGAACGAGCUAGCUAUUGUCAGUGUGUCUCCGGGGCGAUAAGCGGCCAGACAGUGUUGUGUGGCGAUGGCGACUUUACCCAGGAAAUGUAUAUCUCAGAGGUUUCACCGCCGGCGGUGCCGCGAGCCCUACCCGGUAAGAACCAUCACUACCCGGAGUCAGGACAGGGGAAGUGGCUGUUUCUUUGAAAGGUUACCCGCAGAGGUCUUCGACAUGGUCCUGGACAGACUCUCUGUUCUGGAGAUCAGUGUGUUCAGCAUGGUAUCCAAGGCCAUCAGUCGCUACGUUAUGAACCACGUCUCUACUCAGGCUUGGAGGAACAGAAAGAUCCUACAGAAGCUCCAGCCCCAUCAAUCGUCCUAUCCUCCUUCCAAAAAUGACACUGACACGCUGAGCCACUACAAAGCGCUGGGGUUGUUGUACAAGAGGUGUACCCUGUUGCUACCCACAAAGGACAGGUUAAAGUUCAUAUAUAGCACGUUCUCCCAGGUCCCCUGCUUCAUGAUGCUCGAGUGCACUGCCUCCACAGACUGCCCUUUCUUCUCCAGCUAUGGAGCCUUCCUGCAGACGCUGAUUGCGGGCUGGGAUGAGCUUGAGUGCCAUCGGGUUUUCGUCUUCCUCUGUGACUUCACAAAUCUUCCCCAAAAGAUCAAGUCGGUGGUCACUGGAAAGCCAGGGGUGUGUCAGAGGUUGGAGCUGCAGAUCCGCGGGUUCUGUCGGCAGGUUCUGUUGGAGCCGUGGAGCAGCCAUAGGGACACUCUGUUCUGGCUCACUAGGAUCCUCCAGCCCUGGCCUAUGGUGUCUCAGGCCAGGCUACUGUUUAUCCUGUAUGGACCACUGCUGCCUGAUGGUUCUCUGGGCUGGCAGGAGUUGCUAGGGGCAGGAGUACCCCAGUGUUCUCUCUGGGACCUGGCCAAGGCUCUGAUCCUGCUACACAGCAACCUGGAGGCUACAGACUGGACCACGGACACCGUAAUGGGCAUACUGGAGGAGCUUACAGUGCUGCCCCGGGCUUGGCAUGUGGAGAGUGUGGCCAGGCUGCUGGUCCUGUGUGGGAACACGCUGUGUUACAGCAUUCUCGCUAGCAAGGCUCUCAAUGGACGUCUCUUUGAAAUCUCCCAACUGCUCGUCUAUCUCGUAUUGGUGUGUGAGAAGGAAGGCUACUGUAUGAACUGGUCGGUGAGGAUGGUGCAGCAGGUGUGCCAGGUGUUCUCGUCGCCGGCCGACAGGUGGUCUUUCAUCCAGAGCAUUGAGAACAUGUUCUCUGAGGUUACCAUGGAGAUGUACGAGGUUGUCAUGGCCGGUAACCAUCAUGAAGACAUGGAGACAUUUGGGAGCCUCUGUAGUGUCCUUAAUGCCAGCGCUCACUUUCACACCGAGGUGGUCUACAUGUUCCUUAAGGACUGACGACAGAUAAAAGAAUAGAAGUGAAGGGCUGAAGAAAUCAAAUGAAAGGGGACAGGAGAAAUGUGCGGUGUCCGGGCCAUGGCAAACUUGAAUAUGAAGAGAGAAAGGGAUUUAGUUGGAUAGGCUGCCCAAGACCUUAUCUCAGUGAAUUGUAUUUACAUCAAUGCAUAGUUUUGUAUGUUUGUUAUACAGCUUAUUUAUACUUUUGUAAAUUAAAUGGUUUAAAAUCUUGGUAUCCUUUAAAGGAGUAUGUAUAUAAUCAUUUUGUAUCUGUUCGGAACUAUUUCUUACAAUUUCAUUAAGGUGUUUGGCUUGUACAGUAUUAUGAUUUUAAUGGAUUCAUUGUACUAUUUACUGCUAAUGAGCUGAUGGAAACUGUAACUAAUCUGUUUUUGAAUACAUUUGGAAAAAUUAAAUGUUUAUUCUUUA